AUGUCAGCAAUCGACCCCAAAAAGAAGCUCGUUUACGCCAUCCUGGAAUUUUUGAACGAUUCUAUCAAGGAUGGUACCGUUCGCAGCGAUGACCAAGAAUCCAUGGAGGUUGCAAUGCAGUGUAUCUCCGAGUCGUUUUCUGUUGAAUGGUCUGCCGAUUCCCCCAACAGCGCUUUGUCAGUCAAACCUAGUAGUUUAUUGAGCAUCUUUGAGGUUUUUCUCAAAACACAAAAAAAAAUUGCGAGUACUUCAACCGAUUCUUCAUCUCAACCUACUCAAAGUACAUCCGCAACCAACAAAUCUCAAGAGGCCGAGUUGCUGAAAGCAGCGGGCAACCAGCUGGUCUCGCAGCGUGACUUCUCGGCUGCAAUCGCUAAAUACACCGAGGCCAUUCAACUCGAUCCGACCAAUCCUGUCUACUACUCGAACAGGGCAGCAGCGCAAAGUCAAUUGGGUGCUCAUGACGAGGCUAUCGAGGAUGCCUUAAAGGCUUUAGAAGUAGAUCCUACUUUUGCUAAGGCCUAUUCCCGACUGGGGCAUGGUUAUUUCAGCUCUUGUCAAUACGAUAAAGCCGUUGAAGCGUACGAAAAAGGUUUAGAAUUGGAACCCGACAAUACUACCAUUCGGAAUUCAUUGGCAACGGCCAAGUCAAAAGCCAAGAGCUCUUCUUCACUAAACACGACAGGCAAUCCGCCUGGUUCUUCAAGCUCUGCACGUGGCGCUAUGCCCGGCGCGGGGGGUCCUGGUGGCAUGCCUGACCUCGCAAGCUUGAUGAACAAUCCCAUGAUGGCCCAGAUGGCCCAGAGCCUGAUGGCCAACGGUGGCAUGGAACGAAUGAUGCAAAACCCCAUGGUUCAGCAAAUGAUGAAUAGCUUAGGUGGCGCGGGGGGUGGCGGAAUGCCCGACCUCUCUCAACUCAUGAAUGACCCAGCCGCACGAGAAUUAGCCUCCAGCUUGAUGGGCGGACUCGGCGGAGGUGCACCAGGCGCUGGCCCGAAUAAUGAUAAGGCGAAGCCUUAA